CUGGAAUGGGCAGUGCCAUGGGCCUGUGAGUAACAGCUGAACACUUGUAAAGAAGACUGGGGUCUGGACUGGCCACGGGGCUUGCGCUUUGAAAGCACAAUACGUUUUCAAGCCACUCGGGGAGAAGGAGCCAGCAACAACGCUACACAAUCAGCGCAGCCAAGGAGACCGGAGAAAAACUUUCCCCCAAAUUCCCGACUCAGAGAGGGGGAGAAAAGAAGGGGAGAAGCGCCAAACAAAAGAGUUCUUAGCUUUCAGCAAAACAAUAACUUUGGGAAAAUAAUUUACUUCAAAUACAAAUUCAAUGAGAUAGGCGUAACGGACCGGCGUCUCCAGCAAGAAUCCGCUGCUUGUAAUUCAACAUUCUGAUUCGGAAUACCUAAAACCACGGAUUGAGUGCUGCAGCAACACUGAAUGAAACAAAGUUGGGUAAAAAAAAACAGAAUGGAAACGAUAAUGCGAAUCACGUGGGCACUUCUUCCACUUGGUCUUCUACUUCACUGUACUGAUGCUAAUCCAAAGCAACAACCCUCAUCCUCUUCAUAUAUAGCCUCUAUCCCCACCACAAUUACAGCUGGCGUCACAGCCACCCCGUCACCGAUAUCAACUCAGGUGACUAGUGUAGCCUCUAACACCGCCACAAUCCCGACAGCCAGCGUCACAGCAGCCACCAACUCCCUAACUCACAAGGUGACUAGUGUAGCCUCUAACACAGCCACAAUCACAACAGACAGCGUCACAGCAGCCAACUCCCUAACUCACAAGGUGACUAGUGUAGCCUCUAACACAGCCACAAUCACAACAGCCAGCGUCACAGCAGCCACCAACUCCCUAACUCACAAGGUGACUAGUGUAGCCUCUAACACAGCCACAAUCACGACAGCCAGCGUCACAGCAGCCACAAACUCCCUAACUCACAAGGUGACUAGUGUAGCCUCUAACACAGCCACAAUCCCGACAGCCAGCGUCACAGCAGCCACCAACUCCCUAACUCACAAGGUGACUAGUGUAGCCUCUAACACAGCCACAAUCACGACAGCCGGCGUCACACCCGGGACCAGCAUUGUUACUGCCGGAACGGGGGCCUCUGGGUCCUCAGGAACCCUCACUCAGACCACCCCGGACACUACAGAAGUCACACAGGUUUCAACUACAACAUCGGUGGGCCCAACCCCAUGGUCAGCAUCGUCCUUUCCUUCCCAUCCCCCCUCCACAUCCAGCCGUGUGGGUUCAGGCAGCAGUCUUGCUACCACCACGACCAGCACACAGGGAAGGAUGGUGUCUACAACCACGGCUGAGACUACAACUCCUCCCAAGAGCUUUACGUUUGCCAAGUCCCAAAAUGGAGAGAAUUACGAGAGGAAGGACCUGGAGGAGCUGUGUCGACAGCUGAUGUCUCAGAUGCACGACGCUAACUGUACUCUGACUGUGAGAGAGAACAACGGACACACUACCUUUGACAGCGUGGUAAUGACCGGUAAAGUGGACAACUCUGUCGUCCAGCAAUACUACGAGGAAAUCACCAGAAAACCAAGCGACAACAUGACCCUGAUUGCCAUCUUGGCAUCCUGCGGAGCUCUGCUGGCCAUGAUUGUAGGCUUCGCCAUCUACGCCUCAUACCACCGCAAGUCCUAUCGGAAGAACCUCCAACAACACCUGACGGAGGAGCUGCAGACGGUGGAGGAUGGUUACCAUGACAACCCCACAUUGGAGGUGAUGGAGGUGCAGCCGGAGAUGCAGGAGAAGAAGGUGGCCCUGUACGGAGAGUUCAACGACAGCUGGAUUGUCCCCAUCGACAGCCUGCUCAAAGAGGACGUGCCAGACGAGGAGGACACUCACUUGUAGAGGAGGAGUGGAACAGACAGGAGGGCUACUAUAAUCCCUCGACCAACUGACUCUCCCUUCCCUGCACCGUUACAAGGGCCCUGUUUAGUAGAGUUCUAGCUCCAAACGUUGCAGGUAGAAAUGUAUUCUAUAUAGAAUAUAUACAACUUUAAAUAAUGGUAUUUGGGAAUUGCACAAUUGUGACAGUUCUAUGCAAUGCAUUUCUAUCCGCAACACUUUUAAUGUUCCUCCCCACUGAACCAGACCCAAGGCAACGACAGACACCACCUGACAAAUCUGGAGAAAAUAAACACCCAGAUGACAGAUUCUGGAAACCCAUCCCGACUAAACGAGUGUCAAGAGUCACAUCGCUGUGGCCAUGGAAAGGUAACAGGACAUGUAGUGGAUACUACACCAAGCAACAUUGUGCCUAGUUUUAGGAGAUAUUCAAUAUUUGGGAAAUGUAACUCUCAAACAUACACAAUCCCAUUUUAAGAGCCAUUGAGCAUUUAAGGUACUUGAUGUACCGCUACACAGUUAUUGAUUUAAUUGGGAAAACCAAACACUCAAACCACCAUUAUUUCAGGGUGGAGUUUAUGAAGCGGUCUAAACUAAAAUCUGCAUGUUUUUUAUGCUGUAAUCAACGUACUCCCCAAAAGUGCAUUGAAUUGUACACUUGAGCACCUGUACAUAGUAUUUUCUUAUAUUUUCAGAGAAAAUGGAAGCUGAAACUUUGUAAACUGUAACACUGCCUUUAUGGUUAAAUCUCAUUAGUAUUGAUUUAGAGAAAAUGACCUCAGGAUAAAGUGAAAUAAUCAUCCUGGUGAAUGAAUUAAACUACUAGUGAAUCUCAGCUCUGACGACCUGGCAUUGGCUGCUGUAUAGAAGCCAUAUACUGGUUCAACUGAGCACAGUGAACCACACUAAUGAAACAACGGGGUCCCUGGAGACGCUGCUGGGACGGGAGGGCCUACAGAUAUCAAGGGGAAAAACACUGUCAAUAGUCGUUUGAAAAUUCUAAAGAACUUGACCUAGGACCAGUUUCCUGGACAUAGAAAGCCGACCCUUGGACUUAAGAGCCCUUUCAACUAUGCUUUUUAGUCUAGGACUGGGGUUGCUCUGUAUCAGGGAAGCUGGCCCCUAAAGAUACAUAUUUUCUUGUUUGCUGAUGUUGAAGGUUACAUAGGCCUCUGCACAUUUUAUUUGUUGUUUGUUACAUUUCUAUUCAGUUGAUUUGACGAAAAAGGGUAUUUAAAUAUCCAUGUGAUUAUCUGGCUAAAUGUAUUCCAAUUCGUGUAUAAUUCACAUGGACACAAUAAUUCCCAGUUAUAUUUAAGCUGUAAAAUCAACCAACACCAAACAAUCCACCACUUAUUCCACACAUUCCUGUGUCGUUUGUCAUUAGUUCUGUACAGUCGCUCACUCGUAUUUUAUUUCUUUUACACAAAAAUAUUUAGCAGUUAUUGUAUGUAUUUAUGGUUUGUUUGCUGAUGAAGCCAAACAACAGGGGGUCUGACACACUGGAAGCUGUGCCUCAUCUAUCAUGACCAGGGCAGCCAUGUUUUCUUAUACCAAUAAAGAUUUGCCAAAAAAACACACUUCUUUCAAA